AUGACGACGAAAAAUCCUUCGAUCGAUGCCGAUUGCAUGACUUUGACGAGAUUUGUGCUCGCCGAACAACGAAAAAUACCGAUCGCCACUGGUGAUUUAAGCCAGCUUUUAAACAACAUACAGACCGCCGUGAAAGCGGUCAGCUCGGCGGUGAGGAAAGCCGGCAUCGCCAACAUGUAUGGCAUAGCUGGCGCACAGAACAUCCAAGGAGAAGAGGUGAAGAAGUUGGACGUGCUGAGCAACGAGCUGUUUGUGAAUAUGUUGACGUCCUCGUUCUCCAGUUACCUUCUUGUGAGCGAAGAGAACACGACAGCGAUCGAGGUGGAGGUUGAGAAGCGUGGAAAGUACAUAAUAUGCUUCGAUCCGUUGGACGGCUCGUCCAAUAUCGACUGUUUGGUGUCGGUUGGCUCGAUUUUCGGUAUCUACAAGAAAUCGGAGCAACUGCAGGAGCCGAUGGUGGCGAACGCUCUUCAACCAGGCAAGAACUUGGUCGCAGCUGGAUACGCUCUUUACGGUUCCGCCACCAUGAUUGUACUCUCGAUCGGUCACGGGGUGAACGGAUUCACUUACGAUCCAGCUAUCGGAGAAUUUAUUUUGACCGAGAAAAACAUACGUGUUCCUCCCAGAGGCGACAUAUACAGUAUUAACGAAGGCCACGAGGGUGCCUGGGACCCAGCUAUCAGAGAAUAUAUUCAUUCGAAGAAGUAUCCUGCUAGCGGGAAACCAUACAGCGCGAGAUAUGUGGGCUCUAUGGUCGCUGAUGUGCAUAGAACGAUCAAGUAUGGUGGAAUAUUUCUUUAUCCGGCAACCACAAGUCAUCCAAGCGGCAAGCUUCGCCUCUUAUACGAAUGCGUGCCAAUGGCGUAUAUACUGAAGGAAGCUGGAGGCUUGGCGUCGAAUGGGGAAAUUGAUAUUCUGGAAAUCAUCCCGGAGAAAAUUCACCAGAGAUCACCGAUCUUCCUAGGAUCGCGGGAGGAUGUCGAGGAUGUUUUGAGGUGCAUAAAAAAAGAGAAAACCAGUUAGAUGUAUCGACGGCAUAAAAGGGUAGCAAAAAGAGAACACCUACCGUAUAAUCUUUAUCAGUUGGUACUAUAAAUGUAAGAAUCCUUUAUGAAUUGACAUCACGAAUUGGGAAAUAAAUAUUUCUUUUUUACAUACA